AUGGAUCUGAGCACCAGCAGGGAUGCAAGCCGCCCUGACGCUGCUUUUGGCAAGUCCAUAUCCCUGCCAAGAGAAGUGCUCGAAGCAACAGAGGUGAAUCUCUGGAGGGAAGAGGAGCAGCAGCUGAGGCACGGCUGUCCUUCUUCCCCCCUGCUAGCAGAGGGUGGUGAUGAUGGUGAUGAUGGCGAUGUUGCUGCUGCUUCGUCUGACGGUGGUGAUGAUUUUGAUGCCAAGCAACAGGAGUGUGACCUCCCAUGGGGAAUCAGUGGAGAUAGCAGCAGUACCGUACCUAGUGGACCGGUUUUCGAAAGAUUCCAAUCUUCUCAAGAGUUUCUCACAAGAUCUGGUGGAGCGGAUUGUUGGACUGCAGAGGAUGUGCCAACAGAGGUAGACGAUGAGGAGGAGGACGACGACGAGGAGGAGAAGGCAGUGGCAGCAAAGGCACCCGCAUGGGGAGCAGAGACAUGGGGUGCCGACAGAAGUGUGACAAGAAGCAGCAGCAGCAACAGCGGUGGCGGCGCUGGUGGUCGGGCUAGCUGUGCUGUGAUUGGCCACAUGUCAUCAGCAGCUGAAGCUGCUGAUGUGGCAACCGAGGCAGCAGCGAGAGUGCGAGCCAUGGCCCUGCAGGCAGCAAACGAGCUGGUUGAAAGUUACCACUUUUCAGGAAGCUUCACUGCUCUUUCCCGACCCCCCACUGCUCCGUGUGCGCUCCUGGGACCUGGCAAUGCACGUGGGAACCGACUUGGUGAUUUACCUGCCCGCCUAGCACAUGGACCACUGGGUAGCUUGCAGUCUUCAGGAGAUUCAGUGGCCCACGCUGUGUCCUCUGCAUUGGCUUCUCGAUCCGAGUUGAAAUUUGAAGCAUGCCAGUUUUCCCCUCGUGAGAGAUCACAUGGCACGCGGUUUGUGUUGGAGGGGAAUGUGUGUAGCAUGGAAGGGAAUGGCACACCCUGCGAGGUCAAGCUUGGCCGUGGAGGCCUCAACUCACGGUGUUAUCGCGUUGAGGAGAAUGAGCCUUGGAGCAACCGGUACGAUGGCAUGAAUCCCAACUCUGGGUGGAGCCAGGAAGAUCGAUGCAACCACAAAGCCAAUAUGCAACACACACAAGCUUUACAAUCUCGUGAUGGUGGUGUACAGGCGAAUGUUGUGAGAUUCGGAGUUGGAGAACCUUGUGAGGCACUGGGGAGUGCGGUUCUGAGGCGGGCUGCUAAUCCCGCGUUGCUAUCGUCGAUGAAUCCUCCCAGAUCUCCAUCUAGCCCGCUCUCCCCAAGCUUCACUGCUUCGGAAAUCGAGGAGGCGGGUCUUUCACCUGUUCCUACCCCACGCCUUCCGUCUAGGUUUGGAAUAAAGAAUAUCAACUUCGCACCAAUGGGGAUCGUCCUGGGUCGGAUUAACGUGGAGACGCCGCAAUUCACGGUGGAGGCGAAGACGGACGCGUUUGAGAUUCGGCGAUACCCUCCGCAGAUGGUGGCGGAAGUGAUGUACGACGGCGACCACCAGAACGGCAUCAACACAGCCUUCUCUGCGCUAGCAGGGUACAUAGGCGCGCUCUCUGCCCCUCAGAACCGACCUGCACCUGCCAAUUCGGCCAGCCCAGGGGAGGGGGGUGAGAAGAUUGCCAUGACUGCUCCCGUGCUGACACACGCUGUAGCAGAGGGGGGAGCAGGAGAUGAAGGAGGAGGGGAUGGGGGAGAGAAAAGCAGUGCUGCUGGUGAGAAGAUUGCCAUGACUGCUCCCGUUCUGACACACGCUGUAGCAGAGGGUGGAGCAGGAGAUGGAGGAGGAGGGGAUGGGGGAGCGAAGAGCAGCGCUGCUGGUGAGAAGAUUGCCAUGACUGCUCCUGUUCUCACAUAUGCUGGAGGAGGCGAAGGAGGAGGAGAUGGCAGGAGAGGAGAUGGGAGAGGCACUGCUGCUGGUGAGAAGAUCGAUAUGACUGCUCCUGUGGUGACAGCCCCAACAGCACCAGGCAAAACCACGAUGCAGUUCCUCCUGCCAGCAUCACUCACACCAGCAACCACGCCCAUCCCCACCAACCCGGCAGUCACCAUUCAUCAGCUGCAGCCGCGCCUCCUGGGUGCUGUCACUUUCUCGGGCCUCACAACGCAAUCUGUGCUGCAGCACAAGUCGCAGGAGCUGCGGGUGGCGCUAGAAGCAGCUGGGUAUAAGGUUUAUGGGGACUACGUGGUUGGGCGGUACAAUCCGCCAUUCACUCUGCCGUUUAUGAGGACAAACGAGAUCUUGUACCCUGUGGAAGGAUAA